CAUUUGAGCCAUAUCAAUAGGGAUUGACGAUUAUAAAUACGGUUUCAAUCCGACUUUAAACUUAUUUUAAUUUUAUAAUUUCUCUCAAACACUGUUUCUAUUUGUUAGCAACAUUAGUUUAACAUUAUGACUCACGCAACAUAAUGCUUUUAUGUUAUAUAAUGUUAUAUUAGUUAACCUUGCAAUUUGUUGCUUAAAAAAUGUUUUUUCUAAAUUUGAUGGUAUUGAAUAAUAAUGUGAUAAAAUAUAAUUGGAGGCAGUACCAACAAUGCUUGAGAUUUUUAUCAUCACAAACCCAUGAGCGACAAGGACCGUUGGAUUUGUAUUCCAACAAAAUAUCAGAGGGUUCACUAUCUCAAGAUUCCCACCAAGAAAAUGUUGUACAACAAUUACAAAAGGUAUAUGAUGAUAUCAUUACUUUCAAACGCCCAGUUAUCGAGCGGAAUAGAGGCAGCAAAUUGUUUUCUUUUUUUGUGAAAAAAGAACCACAGAAGAUUAUUGCUCCAAAGGGCUUAUAUAUUUAUGGCAGUGUUGGAGGUGGCAAAACCAUGUUAAUGGAUUUAUUUUAUGAAACAGUGCCGAUAAAAGAAAAAUUGAGGGUUCAUUUUAACUCAUUUAUGUUAAAUAUCCAUUCAAGGAUACAUGAGCUCAAAAUCAAAUCAGGAAAAGGAGCAAGUUCCUUCAAAGAAGAGGGAUCCAAACCUUUUGAUCCCAUUCCCCCAGUAGCUGCAGACAUCACUCAAGAAUCUUGGCUUAUUUGCUUUGAUGAAUUUCAAGUAACAGAUAUAGGUGAUGCAAUGAUCUUAAAAAGGCUGUUCACACAACUUUUUGACAAUGGAUGUGUUGUAAUAGCAACUAGUAACAGAAAACCGGAUGACUUGUAUAAAAAUGGAUUACAGCGUGCCAACUUUAUACCUUUCAUACCAGUUUUGAAAGCGCAUUGUGAUGUUGUUCAGCUGGAUUCUGGAAUAGAUUAUAGACUGCGGGGCACUGGUAGCAAAUUUGGGAAAUAUUUCAUAAAUAGCGAAUUGACGCCAGGCAAUAAUGGAGUUGAAACUUUAUUUAAAUUUUUGAUAUCAAAAGAAAAUGACACAGUCAGAGUGAGGGUGAUAAACAUUCUGGGAAGAAAUGUUAAGUUUGCCAAGACUUGUGGACGUGUAUUGGAUUCAACAUUUGAAGAACUAUGUGAUAGACCUCUUGGUGCAAGUGAUUAUUUGAUUUUAUCAAAAACAUUUCACACUGUUUUUAUAAGAGAAUUACCCCAGCUGUCUAUAGUGCAGCAUAGGUCACAAAUUAGAAGAUUUAUAACACUCAUUGACACCUUUUAUGACAAUAGAGUAAGGGUCGUCAUUGCUGCUGAUUGUGAACCGAAAAAACUAUUUAAUUUAGAUGAAGUCAAAGAUGGGUAUGGAGAUGCUGACAGAGCACUUAUGGAUGAUUUAAGUAUUACUAAAGAUUCUGAGGAUUCCAAGGCUGCUAUAUUUACUGGAGAAGAGGAAAUGUUUGCAUGCGAUAGAUGUUUGUCACGAAUAAUGGAAAUGCAAACUGAUGAGUAUUGGGAAAAAUGGGGCAAACACAUUUGAUAAACGUUUUAUAGUUACUUAAGUAUUUGCCAUGGUGUUCAAUUAGUGAAAUUUUAAUAAUUAUAGUGUUGUUAGCCAUCAGUUACACACAAGUCGUAGAAUUCGUACAUAUUUAUUAUUUUUUAUGUGGAUUCUCAUUUUUUACAUUUUAUAGAUUAAUCAAGUUUAAACUAAUAUUAGGGGAAAAGAAAAUUAUUCUUUAUUCUAUUUAAGAAAAUUUACUUAUCCCAGUUGAAGUUAAUAUUGAAUAGUGCAAGUUUUCACUUGUAUAGAUAGUCAAAUUUAACAAAAUCCUAAACAAAAAU